CCAGCGACUCAGUGUUAAUUUGUGUCUUGUAGCGUUCACAUCGUUUGGGAAGAAGAAAAGAAAAGAACCAGGAAAGUCGAAGUGUUUGGUGAGUUAGAAAGAAACAUACAUCGAGCAAAAAACAAAAAGUGUUGGUAAGCAAUUCAGCGACAAUUCUGUUAAGUAAAACAAGAAAGAAAAAGUGCUAAGAGUGUGAGCAUAAGUGCCAAGAAGUGAGAGUGAAAGAGAUUUCAAGAGUUUUCGAGAUAAACCGGAAUAUACGAGUUUCACAGUAAAAUAGAGUGGAAAACAGCGGAGAAGAGCAAGUGAUAACAGAGCAAGUGAUCAAGUAACAAAACGAGAGACACUCAACUCAGUGGAAAAGUUGAAAAAUUAGCCUGUCGUCGUACGAUUGAUUGGCGUUGUUUGUGAUUUUGUCGGCAGCGCAAGGAGCAAAAAGUAGCACAAAUGGUCCUACGAAGCAAGCACUUUGCCCGCCACAUCUUCCGGCACCAGCACAAGCUGAUCCAGCAGUUCCUCCAGAGCCAGGUGCGUCUCUGCAGCGGUGGUUCUCAGUUGGUGCAGCGAGCACUCCGUUCGGAAGAGGAUGACCUGCACAGGGAAAUUAUUCAACCCUCGCCGUCACCCUUUCCGAUGAAGUUGGAACACGCGCCCGACGUGGGAGAACAGUUCAAGUAUUCCGACUUAUCGGUCCGUCUAGCGGCACCCCAUCAGUUGAACCCCAAACCGGAUGCGGACGAUAUCUCCUUCGGUAAAUACUUCACCGAUCACAUGCUCAAAAUCGCCUACCAUCGGCGGCUCGGGGGCUGGCAGAAGCCGGAGAUCACACCGAUGGAGCACCUGAAUUUGCACCCGGCAGCCAAAGUGUUCCACUAUGCGGUUGAGCUCUUCGAGGGAAUGAAAGCAUACCGCGGGGUGGACGGACGGAUACGACUCUUCCGACCGGAGAUGAACAUGGCUCGGAUGAACAUCACCGCCUAUCGGUCCAGUUUGCCCACAUUCAACGGAGAUGAGCUCAUCCGGGCGAUAUGUCGCCUGGUGAUGAUCGAUUCCGAGUGGGUGCCCCACCAUGAAUCUGCUAGUUUGUACAUUCGACCGACCAUUAUUGGAAUUGAUCCCCAGCUGGGAGUAUCGUCCUCGGAUUCAGCCCUGUUGUAUACAAUCCUCUCGCCGGUGGGAGCCUACUUCAAAGCCGGUGGCGGAGGGUUGAAGCUGUACGCCAACCCGAAGUACACUCGGGCUUGGCCGGGCGGUGUGGGCGAUCGGAAGGUUGGCUCUAACUACGGUCCCACGAUUCACGUCCAGAAGGAGGCCCUGAAGCACGAUUGCCACCAGGUGCUGUGGCUGUAUGGAGAUGACCAUCAACUGACGGAGGUCGGUGUGAUGAACAUCUUCAUGCUGCAUAUUAAUGACAACGGGGAGAAGGAACUGUUCACGCCACCGCUCGAUGGACUUAUCCUGCCCGGGAUAACCCGUGAUAGUAUUAUACAACUGUGUCGCGAAUGGGGAGAGUUCCAGGUCAAAGAGCAGAAGUUUACAAUGCCUAUGAUCAGGGAUCUGGCUAAGAAAGGACGGUUGCUAGAGAUGUUCGGCGCGGGAACGGCCGCCGUGGUCAGCCCGAUCGAGUGCAUCGCGUAUGACGGCGAAGAAAUCUACGUGCCCACCGAUGCCCAAGACAACCCACUUUACCAGCGGUUGUAUGACACCCUAACCGGUAUCCACUACGGCAAAAUCGAUCAUCCCUGGGCCACGGUGAUAGAUUGACAGCAUUCCGACUAGCUAGAAUAUAGCUGUUGAAGCUAAUGUUACUACUAUAAGUACUAUGUAGGAUAAUUAUUGAUCACUAUCGAAAGUAUCGUGACGGAGUAGCGGGAAAGUGAGUGUGUUUGAGUAAGCUUAGCUUGUUUAGGAGAGGAAAAAAGACACUUCAGCGCUUGGGAGGGCGCCACGGAGGCGGGUUCGACGAUCCGUCCAAUAGAGUCCCCGUUCUGUCCUCGCUCGGGCUGAGGAGACCGCAUGUGUAAAUAUAGUAUCGUUAAGGCGUGAAGGAGUUUCCGUUCGUUUUGUUUUGUUUCUUCUUGCGAGAUUCGGAAAACAAAAAAUCUUCAAAUGUGCCAAAAGAUUGCUCUUCUGUUUCGGAUGGCGGGUGAGAGGAAGGAAACAUAAACUCAGACGGUUUUCGCUGCGGGGAAGUUGGUUGGCGAGUGCCGGCAGCAAGUAUAACUGCUGAAGUUUUAAAACCAAUUGUGAUGUAUCAGUGACUUUUUAUAUUAUUAUUAUUAUUAUUAUUUUUUGAUUAUUUCGCUAUUGUUCAUAUAGAUCUUUUAUUUAUAAGUUGAAACCCAGAUCGAAAUUCCACGGAGCAUUUACUAGGAUAAUUGUAUUGUUUUAGUGAUAGGGAUAUACUCCAACGCAUGGAUAUGUGAUAUUGAGAUUGGAAUCCAAUUCAACGCCAAAAUGCAUUGUUGGCAGCCAUGGACGAAGCGCUAAAUAGACUCAGUUGAAUUCGUUGAAAUAUUUCAAGUUAGUGAGCACAGCAAGCUAUGAUAUCGUUUCAAACCAUUUCAUUGUCACUGUUCCAAGUUUUGAGUAUAUUUAUUUGAGAAACCGCUGUAAAUUUUUUCGAAACCACUGAAAAUGGAAGUAGUUUGUCGUACAAAUCGAAAAAAGUGCAUUUCCAGUUAUUUGUAAAUUUAUUCUAGUGGAGUACACUACUGACGAUACUCAGUCGAUACUCCGGGUGUAUUCACUUUAAGAUGACCAGCAUGAUCCUCUUUUUAUUUGCUGUAGGUAAGAAUCGCUUAUUUUUUGUAUUAAAA